GUGCAGUUUUAUUGACAACGUCGGGGAGUUACAUCGAGCUGGUGUAGUGCGGCCGGUGCUUCUUCCCCUCUUCCCGGUCUGUCGCGCUUGCAGUACUGCCCCCUGCCGUUAGUGUGUGUCACCUGCCUGUCCAGACCUAUGAGUGUUUCACUGGUUGUCGUUCGGCUGGAGCUUGCGGACCACUCUCCUGCACCAGUGGGCUUCCAAUACCGUGCUGCCACCGAGAUGUCUGAUGAGGAAAUCAGAGAGAAGACGUUACACACUGCAGCAGCCUCCUUGGAGGGCAAGACGCCAGUGGAAAAGACGGCGAUUCUGCAUCAGCACAUUGGGAGAAGAGAAAUGACAGACGUAAUAAUUGAAACCAUAAGUCCAAAUCCAGAUGCCCAGACGGUCUCUAGUACAGAAAAAUCAGAUGACCCUUCUUCAACUCCUAGUCCAACUGCUCCAGACUCUCCUUCCAAACAGCUACCUGAACAGAUCACUUUCUUCAGUGGGAACCCUUCUGUGGAAAUAGUUCAUGGCAUUAUGCAUUUAUACAAGACAAACAAGAUGACUUCCUUAAAAGAAGACGUCAGACGUAGCGCAAUGAUCUGCAUUCUUACAGUCCCUGCUACAAUGACCAGCCAUGAUCUGAUGAAGUUUGUGGCCCACUUUAAUGAAGUAAUUGAGCAUAUGAAAAUAAUCCGGGACUCUACACCGAAUCAGUACAUGGUUCUGAUAAAGUUCAGCUCCCAGGCGGACGCAGACAGCUUUUACAUGUUGAACAACGGACGUCAGUUCAACUCUAUUGAAGAGGAUGUAUGUCAGCUGGUCUAUGUGGAAAGGGCAGAGGUGUUUAAAUCAGAAGAUGGGGCCAGUUUGCCAGUGAUGGAUCUCACAGAGCUCCCCAAAUGCACUGUGUGCCUGGAGAGGAUGGAUGAAUCAGUAAAUGGGAUUCUGACUACUCUCUGUAAUCACAGCUUCCACAGCCAGUGCCUACAACGCUGGGAGGACACCACAUGUCCGGUGUGUAGAUACUGCCAAACUCCAGAACCGGUGGAAGAAAACAAAUGCUUUGAGUGUGGCGUCCAGGAAAACCUUUGGAUCUGUUUAAUUUGUGGCCACAUUGGCUGUGGUAGAUAUGUUAGCAGACACGCAUAUAAACAUUUUGAGGAGACACAACAUACUUAUGCAAUGCAGCUGACCAACCAUAGAGUCUGGGAUUAUGCUGGAGAUAAUUACGUCCAUCGAUUGGUUGCAAGCAAAACAGAUGGGAAAAUCGUUCAAUAUGAAUGUGAAGGAGACACAUGCCAGGAAGAAAAGAUCGAUUCUCUACAGUUAGAGUACUCCUACCUUCUAACCAGCCAGCUGGAGUCUCAGCGCAUCUACUGGGAAAACAAGAUUGUACGUUUGGAGAAAGAUACUGCAGAUGAGAUUAACAACAUGAAAGCCAAGUUUAAGGAGACGAUAGAUAAGUGUGACAGCCUGGAACAUAGGCUGAAUGACCUUCUUAAGGAGAAGCAAGCUGUGGAAAGGAGGUGCACUGUACUAAAUACAAAGGUGUCAAAACUAUCGACUGAAUUGAAGGAAGAGCAGGAAAUGAAUAAGUGCCUAAGAGCCAACCAGACUGUGCUUCAAUCCAAGCUGAAGGAAGAAGAAACUCUGAGGAAGGAGGCCUGUGAGCAGAAGGACCUGCAGAUCGUGGAAAUGCAGGAGCAACUGCGGGAUGUCAUGUUCUACCUGGAAGCUCAGCGAAAAAUCAACCAAAUGCCAGAAGACGCACGGCAGGAAAUUCAAGAUGGCCAGAUCAACAUAGCAAUGGCGUCCUCUAGUGCUUCUCCAGCAUCAGGGAAGUCGCGGAAGGGCCGUGGAAAAAGAGGCAAAUAGCACACCUGGAAGCUUCAUUCAUCUUAUGGGCCUCUGUUUGUUCUCCCUUUAGAGUGGGAUACAUUGAACUGCUGCAGGGAAUUGCGGCCAGCAUUACUGCUGGGACGUGAGGAAUCCAGAUUCAUUAUUCAUAGCACACCUUAAGCAUAGUUUCUUCUACCAAAUGAUCAGAGCAGGAAACCUUUAACUUUCUCUGACGAGCCUUUAAAAUGUAUAGUCUAAGUUUUAAAGAGCAUAAAUAGCAAUUCCUUAAGAGAUUAUUCUUGCCAUUGCCCCCUUGAGACAAGGGAAUAUUCCAGCUGUACUGUGCAGGGUUGCAUGGGAUACUUCAGAUUCCCAGGGCAGAAUACAGAUGUCUGGUUACCCAUCUUGCUGUAACUCAUAAAAGAAUACCUGUACAUUCAUCAUUAAAUCAGGGAAUUGCUCUUUAGGAAUUUUUUCCAGUUAAGACUGCUGAAAUGCUAGAAUUUCCUUGGAUAGUUAUGACUUAUUUUAAAGUCGUGUUUCCCAAACUUUGCUUUAGUUUUAGUCUCCAUUUUGAGAGAUAAUAGUCACACAGUAAAAGUGCUGUGGGAGUUUAAUGUGGCCUUUAUAUGUGGAUGGCGAGUACAGAAAUGGUGUUUUGGACGAGCUGCAAAUGUUUAAUUUCACUUCAGAAGUGGAUGUGACUCAUUGUUAUAGACUGUUCUGCAUUUCCGAAUUAUAUGGCUUCUCUCAACAAUCAUUUUCGGUACCGUUUUGUUAGGCCUGAUUUUAACCAUGACUCCACGUUAAGAGCACAUUUGGAAACUUAAAAAAAAAAUCUGCUUUUGGCUGGAUUUCAAGAGGUAUGCCCCAACUCACCAGGAUUACGUGUACCUGCCCUGUGCCUAUACCCAUGGUACAGGCUGUGUUCCUUGAGACCUUGAGCAGCGGACCAUUUAUUGUGGAGAUUCACUGGAAACCCUGACAAUUACCACUUGGGAAAAGAACACCUACAGAUCACGGAAAAGGGGACUCUGUACUAUUCUGACACCUCCUCCCCCCUGAAAUGAACAGAGGGGUAGGUCAAGCAUGCUCAUUGCUGCUCAGCUCUACUCUGUGGGACUUCUUAAAGUGAUUGGCUAAUUCCAGAACUAUCAGUGGGACACCCCACCGAUCUAAUAGUUAUCCCCUUUCCUGUUGAUAGGAGAUAACUCGCUACAACCUGUAUAUCCUUUAAGGAUAACUUUGGAGGUAGGUAGGACACCU